UACUGCUUGCUUACUGGCGUGAUAACUCGAGCUGUGCUCGCUCCUGAUCCGAGUUCCGAGUUACGCAACUCACCUGGGAGAGUUGACCAUAAAAACGAUGUUUGAUUUCGCUUUUUAAAAUACAGAACCUCGAAGAGAGGUGAGAGACAUCUCCAAUGGCGUCUUCUAAUCCGUUCAACAAUUCCGUACUUCCAGUGUCCAUUUCACCAAGCGGCGAAGAGAAGGAGAAGGAGCGGCUCAUCAGAGGAGGCGAUGAAAAGAUUUUUAGAGGAUCCGCCAUGACCAAGCGAGGAGCCUAUGCUGCUAUUUCUUACAUGUCUUGUGCUGUGCUUUUGGUAAUGUUCAAUAAAGCAGCUCUUUCUUCUUAUAACUUCCCUAGUGCAAACGUGAUAACACUAUUUCAGAUGAUUAGUUCAACCUCAUUUCUAUACGCAUUGAGACGCUGGAAGAUCAUCUCUUUCAUUGCUGGUGAAUCUUUACCUAUUUCUGAUAGCAACACUACUUUUGUAUCAUUUGAGACAUUGAUGCACACCCUUCCGCUUUCAGUUGCCUAUUUGCUUUACAUGCUAGUUACAAUGGAGUCUGUUCGUGGUGUAAACGUUCCCAUGUACACCACUCUAAGGCGAACUACAGUGGCAUUUACAAUGAUUAUGGAGUACUUUCUGGCAGGGCAGAGGUAUACAAUUCCUAUUGUUGGAAGUGUUGGAGUGAUUCUUCUUGGUGCAUUUAUUGCGGGAGCUCGUGACUUGUCAUUUGACUUCUAUGGCUAUGCUGUUGUCUUCUUGGCCAACAUUACGACAGCAAUAUAUCUUGCAACUAUAAGCCGCAUUGGGAAAUCCAGUGGCCUUAAUAGCUUUGGCCUUAUGUGGUGCAACGGAAUUAUAUGUGGACCGGUUUUGCUGUUGUGGACAUUUUUUCGUGGUGAAUUGGAGAUGACAAUCAAUUUCCCCCUUCUGUUUUCCCUUGGUUUCUUGGCCGUGCUCCUUCUUUCCUGCACACUAGCAUUCUUCUUGAAUUACAGUAUAUUUCUGAACACUACUCUGAAUUCAGCACUCACACAGACGAUUUGUGGUAACCUGAAGGACUUCUUUACCAUUGGACUUGGCUGGAUGAUUUUUGGUGGGCUUCCUUUUGACAUUUUCAAUGUUAUUGGACAAUUUCUUGGUUUUCUUGGCUCUGGUUUGUAUGCAUAUUAUAAGCUCAUAGGGAGGUAAUACCUCAGACGAUAUGGCAACAUUACGUAACUGGAGGUUGAGAGUAGCUGCACUAAUUCUCAGACUUCCUCGUCUGUCGUAAUGGUAUGGGUUCUUGGAAGAGAUUAACUCGCAUCAACGAGAUUUAUGCUCAAUCGAAGUUGCUGAUCCUACCUCUUAAACAAGCCUGCUUUUGGUUGCCUUCGCAACCUCCAGCGUCACUACAAUGACGAUUUGUGCUAAUUUUUUUCACCAUUCAAACACAAUAGAUGCAGAAAUUUUAUAGAAAGCGUAUAUUUGUUAGAAGAACUUCCUACAAAUUACAGUGUGAGCGAUUCUUACAAUCCCCUCCCUUCUGAUGCCUCAAUACAUGCAAUCUGAUGUAUAACUGACGAAAUUCGAAUGACAAUAUCCUUCAUAGCCCUUAAUCCUA